GGAUGUGGAUGUUGCUCUACAGUAGAGUGUCGGACAUGAGGAGGGAGGAGAUGCUUGGACACUGAUUUCCCGCGCUGUACCGGACUGCUGCGGUACCGCUCCGGUCUGGAUGCUGAUGCGAGAAACGGAAGUGAACGCGCCUGUCCUUCGACUUGUUUACAGAGGUAAUGAUUAAAAAGACGGAUCAGCUGACCGGAAUGUAACUUCUGCUCCGGGUGACUGAUAUGUCGAUGCAUCCUUUCCGGUCUCCAUGACUGUCAUGUAUGUUUUGGUCUGGGGCGCUUUGUCGUAUUCGUAGAAUUUGCGGAAUGCACGCCAGAUGUAGCUGAUUCCAACAGGAGAGCCAGUCGGACGUCUUGCGAACUCUGUGUGCUUUGUGCGGAAUCAGGUGGAAUCCAGUCGGGUAUGUCAGGAUCACACGGAUGUCUGUGUAGGUAAAUAAGAGCAUCAGCCAGCUGGAGACGUGUCCGUUCAUCUCAAUUUGACAAAAACAAAAUUGCUGGUAUGGCUGAAAAGUCCUUAGAGCAAGGGUCAGUCUCCAUCCCCAUGGAAGAGACCAAGAAGUCAGGAGGAGCCCCUCCGGAUGCAGCCAUGCUGACCCACCUGAAGAAAGUGGAGAACCAUAUCACGGAGGCCCAGAGGUUCUCGCACCUGCCCCGGCGCUCGGCUGUAGACCUGGAGUUCACCGAACUUUCCUACACUAUUCAUGAGGGCCCCUGUUGGAGGAGGAGAGGAUGCAAGGCGCUCCUGAAGUGUUUGUCCGGGAAGUUUUGCAGCCGGGAGCUCAUCGGGAUUAUGGGGCCCUCUGGGGCCGGCAAGUCCACCCUCAUGAAUAUUCUUGCUGGGUACAGACAGACUGGCAUGGAGGGUCAGAUCCUGGUAAACGGGCGACCGCGUGACCUCCGCACCUUCAGGAAGAUGUCCUGUUACAUAAUGCAGGAUGACAUGCUGCUUCCACACCUUACCACGUGGGAGGCCAUGAUGGUUUCAGUCAACCUUAAGCUAAAUGAGAACAUGGAAGUGAAGAAGGAACUGGUGAACGAGAUCCUCACUGCUUUAGGCCUGCAGGAGACUGCACACACUCGUACACAAGCUCUCUCCGGAGGUCAACGUAAACGAUUGGCUAUUGCACUGGAGCUGGUCAACAACCCACCUGUCAUGUUCUUCGAUGAGCCUACCAGUGGUCUAGACAGUGCAUCCUGUUACCAGGUGGUUUCUCUAAUGAGAUCUCUUGCUCUUGGUGGAAGAACCAUCAUUUGUACCAUUCACCAGCCCAGUGCUAAACUCUUUGAAAUGUUUGACAAGCUGUAUAUUCUGAGUCAGGGCCAGUGCAUAUAUAAGGGCACAGUCCCAUAUCUCAUCCCCUAUCUGAAGAACCUUGGUCUCCACUGCCCUACUUACCACAAUCCUGCAGACUUCAUAAUCGAGGUGGCAUCAGGAGAGUAUGGUGAUUUGAAUCCUGUGCUCUUCGAGGCAGUGCAGGGCGGCAUGUGUUCAGAUGGUGUCAAGAAGAACUCCAGUGACAAGAGUGAUCCCACAUCAUCUUGCCCCACUCAGUGUAACAAUGAUUCAGGACACAUUGAAAAACAUACCUUUGCCACCAGCACAUUCACACAGUUCUGCAUUCUUUUUAAAAGAACCUUUAUCACUAUAUGCAGAGACACGGUGUUGACCCACCUGAGGGUGAUGUCGCACUUGUGCAUCGGAGUUCUGAUUGGUCUGCUGUACCUGAACAUUGGCAAUGAUGCCAACAAAGUGUUCAACAAUACUGGAUUCCUCUUUUUCUCCAUGCUCUUUCUUAUGUUUGCUGCGUUAAUGCCCACUGUACUGACAUUUCCUCUGGAAUUGUCAGUGCUUAUAAGGGAGCAUCUAAACUACUGGUACAGUUUAAAGGCCUACUAUCUAGCCAAGACCAUGGCUGAUGUUCCAUUCCAGAUCAUAUGUCCCAUAAUGUACUGUAGCAUAGUGUACUGGAUGACAGAGCAGCCUCCUGAAGCAGCGAGAUAUGUGCUUUUCAUGGCUCUGUCCACGUGCACUGCCUUGGUCGCUCAGUCUCUGGGCCUCCUCAUUGGAGCUGCUUCCACCUCCCUGCAGGUGGCCACAUUCAUAGGACCUGUGACAUCUAUUCCAGUCUUGCUAUUCUCUGGCUUCUUUGUCAACUUUGACACCAUUCCCAAAUACCUACAGUGGAGCUCCUAUGUCUCCUAUGUCAGGUAUGGCUUUGAAGGUGUGAUCCUUUCCAUUUAUGGAAUGAACCGGACAGAAUUGGAAUGCCCAGGCUUUGUCUGUAAAUUCCAGAGGCCUGAGGAGGUGUUGCAGCUGCUGGACGUUGAGGAUGCAAAGCUCUAUGUGGACUUCAUAGUGUUAGGGGUUUUCUUCCUCAUUCUUCGGCUAGCCACUUAUCUAGUGCUGCGAUACAAAAUCAAGUCUGAACGUUAGGGCUUGACAUCAACCACUACAUUUGUUUUAGUUGGUACAAACACACAGACACACAUUAUGUUUUGGAUCACUUUUAUGUUGUGGAGGCAGAUCUGAACGAUGUCCACCAAACUGUUAACUCAAUGCAAAUUGCAGAUUUUUUAUUUUAAUUAUAUUAUAAGCUUUAUUUUUCAUGUUCUUGAAUAUUCUUUAAAUGAUUUUUUUUUUUUUGUCGUUGUGUUUGUUUUACUCCUUAAGUUUUUUUAUCAAUUAGAUAAUCAGGUCUGACAUCAAAGGGUCAAUUGUGCCAAUAAAGAACUUGGUGGGUUUUUUU